AUGGCUGCGCUCGCGCCGAAAUCGGAGUCUCUUCGACUCUUUACGCAAUUGAAGCGCAAGGAAGCGAAUAAGAUCUGUUUCGAUUGCGGCGCCAAAAACCCGACAUGGUCAUCAGUACCGUUUGGAAUCUACCUGUGCUUGGAUUGUUCAGCAAACCACCGGAACUUGGGUGUACACAUCAGUUUCGUGCGGAGUACAAACCUCGAUCAAUGGCAAUGGGAUCAAUUACGUCGCAUGAAAGUAGGCGGCAACGAGUCGGCCACGAAAUACUUUCAAUCCAACGGUGGAAGCGCUGCACUCAACAGCAAGGAUUCCAAAACGAAAUACACCUCCAACGCCGCGAAUAAAUACAAGGACGAACUUGCUCGGAGAGUCGAGGCCGAUCGCAAAAAGAAUCCUGACGAGGUUAUCAUCGAAGACGCAGCAGAUGCGGAGGAGGCAACAUCGGCGGGAGCAGCAGGAGGUGACGAUGAUUUCUUCUCGAGCUGGGAUAAGCCUGCAGUCAAGCGGCCUAGCAACCCACCUUCACGUACCGGCACCCCCGCGCAACGGACCGGAAGCCCCUUUCUGAACCCAGGAGCUACGAACGGACGGCCGAAAUCACCACUCGUCGCCGGCGAGGGCACCGAUGCAGCGCCCAAGGCCGCCCCCGCCGCGCGCAGCAUCUCCACCACCGCCAUCCGCAAAACCGCCGUCGUCGGCGGUGCUAGCAGCAAGCCCAAGCCAAACAUCCUCGGCGCGAAAAAGACGAAACUCGGCGCGAAGAAGGUCGAUGCGUCCGCGUUGGACUUUGACGAGGCGGAGAAGAAGGCCCGGGAGGAGGCGGAGCGGAAAGAACGGUUAGGAUACGACCCCGACGAGGAAGCCCCGCCAGCCGCCAAAUCGAGCGUCGUCGCUGCCGCGGUGACCUCCAGUGUGGCUGCGCCUACACCGGUGAGCCCCGGCGCCGGUCGCGAUCGCAAGGACAGCGACGUGGAGCGAUUGGGCAUGGGCGUGCGGCGGUUGGGCUUCGGACAAGUCGGGGGAGGCGCCGGCGGUGCAGCCGCCGCUGCGCCCAAGAAGAUGGGAUUCGGCGCAGUUGCCAAGAAGCCCGUCGUCGAGGAUGCAUCCGAACAAUACGCCCGCGCCAAAUUCGGCACGCAGAAGGGCAUCUCCUCGGACGAAUUCUUCGGCCGCAACGCCUACGACUCCAACGCGCAGUCCGAAGCCAAGGCCCGCCUCGAGGGCUUCAGCGGCGCCACCGCCAUCUCCAGCAAUGCCUACUUCGGCCGGCCCGAGGACGAGGGCGGCGAAGCCGGCGGCGCAGGAGGCGACUACGGGGACAUUGAGACCGCGGCCAAAGAUUUCGUGCGCCAGUUUGGGAUGACGGCCGGGGAUGACAUUGAGAACCUGAGCAAUCUCCUCGGCGAGGGAGCGAGUAAAUUGGGCGACGCCGUGCGGUCGUAUAUGAACAGUUAG